CUCGCCCCACACACAGGCACUCCGCACCUACACCACUCGCCCAGGACCAUGAGAGUAGAGGGAUGAGUUGAAUGAACACCUCCUGAUACACCUGCCGAAAAGGGUGAUAAGAGGAGGGCGCCAUGUCUCGCCGACGCUUGGAGGAAGCCAUUCUUAGAUCCAGGUCGUUAGAGAGCUCCGGGGAGAGCGUGGAUGAGGGAUCGGACGAAGAGGAGCACGGGAGAUACGGUGAGCUGUUUGUCCGACAUCGCAUCCCUCUGACCAAGGACUCGCACAGUAUCUACAGCCUCCGCUUCUCACCCAGCGGCAAACAGCUGGCGGUUGGUUUCGGGAACGGCGCUCUCCAGGUCGUGAAUGUAGAACGUGGCGGCCUCGGCGCGACUCUGUUCUCCGGACAUCGCACCAGACAAGCCAUCACCUCCCUCAGCUACCACCCAAAAAACAGCAACCUCCUGGUGGGCGCCGGCGCCGACGGCCUCAUCUCCUUUUACGACAUCAAGUCCGAGUUGAACGUUUUAACGCUCACAGAGGAGGAAAAUGAAAUUCACGCUUUGGAUUUCAGCAUGGACGGCAGCGUGUUCGCCACGGCGGGGAAAGACCGACACAUCCGUCUGUACGACAGUCAGACCAAUGAGAUCUUGAACUUCUUGAUGGCGCCGGACUUCCUAACUGACGACGAGCUGACGCUGACCAGCGGUCACACGCGCAGGAUCUUCGCUCUGAAGUUUCACCCCUCUGAACGCCAUCUUUUUGUGACGGGUGGCUGGGACAAUUCCAUAAAGGUCUGGGACAAGCGGAUGGCGAAGGAGGCGCGGCGGUUGAUCAGCGGUCCUCACAUCUGCGGCCCGGGGAUUGAUAUUCGGAACCAGCACAUCCUGAGCGGCUCCUGGGUGGCGAGGAACGCUCUGCAGCUCUGGGACUUGCGCACCUCCAGCCUGAUACAAGACGUUCCCUUUCCUGCCCCUGUCCUGCAGGGGGAGUUCCUGUACGCCGCGCGGUUCUGCACCGACCACGUGGUCCUGGCCGGAGGCAGCGGGACUUGCAGCGCCCGCGCCAUCAACCUCAAGACGCAGGAGGUUCUCGGAGAAGUUUCGCUUUCCAGCAAGGCCGUGCAGACGGUAGACGCGGCUCCCGACGGUCGCGUUGUGGCGGUGGGCGGAGUCGGCGGCAAUCUUCACAUUGCAGAGCUGUGUUGAUGUCGGUUU